GGAGUUAAUACAGGGGGGAAGAGAAAGAAAAAGCGAAUGCAACGAGAGGAAAUAUGGAAGAAUCUACAGACAAGGAGGAUUGGGUGUCAGCCCCGAGUGGAGGAGGGAGAAGAAGUAGGGAGCAAAGCAAAGAGAAGGGCGGGGGGACGCCUCUUUUCUUCUUUACAGUUUACCCUGUGAUCCUCACACGAGGAAUUUGCUGCUCCUUUUUCCUGCUUUUCCUUUACCUUUCUUUUAUCAUCUCUCUCAAAAACUCUCUCUGCCCACUGAUCCUUUCUCCUCCAGCUUUACUCUUUAAGCUCCAUCUCCACCCACACUCUACUCUGUCUCACUACGCGAUUCUUCAGUCUGCUAAUUGAAGGUCUUUCCUUUCUUCUUAUGGGUUUGUUCUGCUGUGUAAAUUUUUGUUGCCCCCUCCAUGCAUAGAGUUCUUUGUGAUGUUCUUUCUGUAGUGGUUGGUUCUUUGUUUGCUUCAAUUCGACAUGGGUUUUGAUUACAUGAAAAGGGUCUUCGCUAAAUUUGGUUAUACAAUUGCUUUGAGAAUCAUCUUGGUGCUGGUAAAAAGUUGGUGAAUUUCUGAAAAGAAAGGGUCUGGUUCUCAAGGCUUGAACGUAUGCCUGCAAACCAGUACCACGGUAACUCAACCCCGUACCCAGGUCGUGUGGAGCGGCAGCUUAGAGAGAGGGAGCUGAGGGAGCUUAGGAGAAGCAUUAAGGCUGAGGCGAAUGGUAAUCAUAGUCAUAGAGGUGUUGAAUCAAGUGAAGCACUAGAGUUGCACUUCAGAGAGAGUAGUGGCCCUCAGCAGAGUUCCUAUAUUGAACAGUACGUGGAAAAAGCUGCUGCUGCCGAUGCCAGGCCUUUAAGGCAGAGGUUGCUGGUGGUAGCUAAUCGGCUGCCAGUUUCUGCUGUGAGAAGAGGUGAAGAUGCUUGGUCUUUGGAAAUUAGUGCAGGAGGUCUUGUUUCUGCUCUUCUCGGUGUGAAGGAAUUUGAGGCAAGAUGGAUAGGCUGGGCUGGGGUUAAUGUGCCUGAUGAGGUAGGCCAGAAGGCACUUACAAAAGCUUUGGCCGAAAAAAGGUGCAUACCUGUAUUCCUUGAUGAAGAGACUGUUCAUCAGUAUUACAAUGGUUACUGCAACAAUAUACUGUGGCCUCUUUUUCACUAUCUCGGCCUUCCACAAGAAGAUCGCCUUGCCACAACAAGGAGCUUCCAGUCACAGUUUGCCACGUAUAAGAAGGCCAAUCAGAUGUUUGCUGAUGUAGUGAAUAAGCACUAUGAGGAUGGCGAUGUUGUUUGGUGCCAUGAUUACCAUUUAAUGUUCCUUCCAAAAUGCCUCAAGGAAUACAACAGGAACAUGAAAGUUGGAUGGUUUCUCCACACACCUUUUCCAUCCUCCGAAAUCCACAGGACACUGCCCUCUAGAUCAGAGCUACUACGUUCAGUUUUGGCUGCAGACUUAGUAGGAUUUCAUACAUAUGACUAUGCAAGGCAUUUCGUUAGUGCUUGCACCCGUAUUCUUGGACUUGAAGGCACACCUGAAGGAGUUGAGGACCAAGGCAAGCUAACUCGGGUGGCAGCUUUUCCCAUAGGGAUAGAUUCAGAAAGGUUUAUAUCAGCACUUAAGCUCCCUCAGGUGCAGGAGCACAUAAAAGAACUGACGGAAAGGUUUCGUGGUCGUAAGGUGAUGUUAGGGGUUGAUCGUCUUGAUAUGAUUAAGGGGAUACCACAGAAGAUACUUGCAUUCGAGAAGUUUCUUGAGGAGAACCCUUUAUGGCGUGAUAAAGUUGUUCUGCUGCAAAUUGCUGUGCCAACAAGAACCGACGUUCCUGAAUAUCAGAAACUUACAAGUCAGGUUCAUGAAAUUGUUGGCCGCAUUAAUGGCCGAUUUGGGACACUGACUGCUGUUCCAAUACAUCACCUGGAUCGAUCUCUGGAUUUUUAUGGCCUAUGUGCAUUAUAUGCUGUUACUGAUGUAGCGCUUGUAACCUCAUUGCGAGACGGGAUGAAUCUUGUUAGUUAUGAGUUUGUAGCAUGCCAAGAUUCAAAGAAAGGUGUUCUAAUUCUCAGCGAGUUUGCAGGUGCGGCACAAUCUCUAGGUGCCGGAGCAAUCCUUGUGAACCCUUGGAACAUUACCGAAGUUGCCGAUUCAAUUCGACAAGCUUUGACUAUGUCAGCUGAGGAAAGAGAGAAACGACACCAUCAUAAUUUUGACCAUGUUACAACCCACACAGCUCAAGAAUGGGCAGAAAUGUUUGUGAGUGAGCUCAAUGAUACGGUCGUCGAGGCACAACUAAGGACGAGGCAAGUCCCGCCCGGGCUUCCACAGGGAGAUGCAAUUAAAUGUUAUCUCAACUCCUGCAAUCGAUUGCUCAUACUGGGAUUCAAUGCUACAUUGACAGAGCAAGUAGAUACUCCAGGAAGAAGAGGUGAUCAAAUAAAGGAAAUGGAGCUUAAACUGCGCCCAGAUUUGAAGGGACCUCUGACGACCCUUUGCAAUGAUCCAAAGACGACAAUUGUCGUCCUCAGUGGCAGUGACACAAGUUUGUUAGAUGAGAAUUUCGGGGACUAUGAUAUGUGGCUUGCAGCAGAACACGGGAUGUUCUUACGUCUUACAAAGGGGGAGUGGAUGACAACCAUGCCGGAGCACCUAAACAUGGAGUGGGUCGACAGUGUAAAGCAAGUGUUUGAGUACUUCACGGAGCGAACACCCAGAUCACAUAUUGAACUCCGUGACACAUCGCUUGUCUGGAACUACAAAUAUGCAGACGUAGAAUUCGGGCGACUUCAAGCAAGGGACAUGCUGCAGCAUCUUUGGACUGGCCCAAUUUCGAAUGCAUCUGUUGACGUCGUACAAGGUAGUCGAUCAGUCGAGGUUCGAGCUGUCGGUGUGACAAAGGGUGCGGCAAUCGAUCGUAUCUUAGGGGAAAUUGUUCAUAGCAAGCAAAUGACAACUCCUAUCGACUAUGUCUUGUGUGUCGGCCAUUUUCUGGGGAAGGAUGAAGAUGUAUACACAUUCUUCGAGCCAGAGCUCCCCUCAGAUGACCUAGGUGUGAUGAGGAGCAAGCAAACCGAUAGUACAAAGUCAUCAACACCAGGGGAAAGGAGAUCUUCAAAGCAGCUUCCAGCAAGCAAAGCAGUAGCAUCAAAAUCAUCAUCUCAUCAAGGCAACAAAACACAUCAGCGGGCUGCUGUCUCGUCGAGUUCAGAAAAAAAGUGGGCUUCAAGUUACAUCUGCAACAGUAACGGGCGUAGCAGCAGCAGCAGUAGUAGUAGGGCAUCACCUCCGGAGAAGACCUCGUGGAAUGUUCUCGAUCUCAAGGGAGACAACUACUUCUCUUGUGCAGUUGGGAGAAAAAGAACUAACGCGCGGUAUAUGCUUGGAUCGUCGGACGAGGUCGUUUCCUUUCUGAAGAAGCUGGCCGAUGCAUCUUCAUGAAGUAGUCUUCUGAUAGAAUAAAAAUGAAGGAAUAAGAGACCAAUUUACUCGGAGAGUCCUGAAGUGCCAUCAAGAAUAAGUCUUUUUGUAGAGGCCAAGUGUUGGAUAAGUUGAUUAUAUAUAGAUGAGAUUCUAGUGUUGGAGAAGUGGCAGUUAAGAUUCCGCACCCUCCAAAAGUCAUAUAUAUAUAGAUCUCUAUUUGGAGCUUGUAUCUAGAUAUAUACAAUGUAUAUCAUUAUCAGAAAGAAAAUGAAGCUUCCAUAUAUCAGAUGUAAUGGCACUGCCCUUUUCCAUUUAGUCAAUAGUGCUUGAUUAAUGGGCUGACUAACAAUUUUUUAAGUUCUAUCAUCUAUGUUUGUUAAUUUGAAUUAAAGCAUUGUGUAUGAAUCAGUUG